GCAGAAAACAAUAUGGCGGUCAUGGAAAGCGUUAAGGCUGGUCUUCUUGUAACAACACUGUCAAUUUUGAUUGCUUUAUACUACAAGAAAUCAUCGGAUCAAGAACUACGAAGUCAUUUGGAAACCAUUCUUUCGAAUUUACUUCGAGCCGAAAAGAAAUAUCGUUUAGUUAAACCGAAACAAGUGAUAGUCGGUAUCGGGGCCUGUUCAGAUGCAUUCGUGGAAGCUACUGAAUUUCUUGAUAAACUCAAUAUUUCUGCUCCAAUUGGAAGUAUGGGACAUCCCGACUCCAUUAUGAGCCCUGAUGAUCUAGGAGAAAUAUUUGCAUUUUUUUUCACCCAGGGCGCCGCAUCCGAACGUUAUGUGGCAAAUAGGACAUUUUGGGACAUGGCUCUAGAAACCACUAAGACCAUGGAAGCAAGAUGGGUGUUGGGAGGAAAUGCACCAGUGAUUGCUAAGCGGCUUGUGGCUGAAGGACUGAAAGACGUCACACUGGGCGCUUAUUUAUCUAAGCCUUUGUUCGAAGAUCUGUCAGAAAAGAUGAACAUUGUCGGUCAGGUGGUAGAGGUUGACGACGUGCACAUCAUACUAGAAUAUGAAAGGGAUAGCAGAUGGCAGCAUUUAACUGCCCCGAGAGCAAAUCGUUUUAUAAUUCACGCAGAUGUCCAUAAUUUGAAAAUGAGCGCUUUAAAAGACAUUGAAAAUCAUAUACAGACCGAAAAGCCCCAUGCUUUUGUUCUUGGCGGAUUACAAAUGCUGGAUUCGACAGUUAUGAACAAAGAUGAAAGAUCUAAAUCUAUAAAUCGAUUGAGUGCUUUAUUGAGUUCUUUAAAUGAUGAGACACUUAGGCAUUUUGAGCUGGCCUCUUUUGCAGAAAAAGACUUUUUUAGAGAAGUUAUUGACAAAAUAGUGCCACAUGCCGAUUCGCUCGGUAUGAAUGAGCAAGAGUUAAUGAAUUUAUAUACUAUGUUAGAAGAUAACUCCGUAACAUUAGUUUCUAAUGCUCAUCCUAGAAUUGCGCUUGUUCUAGACCAAAUGAGAUCAAUUUGGAAAGUUUUAUCUCCAGGAAAACUAUCCCGAUUACAUGUUCAUACUCUCGCCUUUCAGGCCAUAAUGACCAAAAAAAAUAAAUGGUCUAAUACUAUGAUUGCUGCAGCAAAGGCUAGCUUAACAGCAUAUCGUCAUACAUGUUCGUCAGGGGAAAUCGAUCUAGAAAGCGCAAGACUGCUCAUGGAUGAGUCGUUUGCAGUUGGAAGGAAAGAGGGAUCACAGCGUAUUAAAUUUAAUGCCGAAAAACCAGUAGCCUGCUGGGAAGAGGGCAAUGCAUUGAUAUGUGUUUCACCCGUAUUAAUUUGCACCAAUGUUAAACAAACAGCAGGAGGAGGUGAUAAUAUAAGCGCAGCGGGUCUUGCCAUGCAGUUGUGA